CACAGUACACAGAAGCGCACAUUGCAUUGCGCUGGUGUACACAUGGUUAUUGUGUUAAUUGUGUACAUUUGCGAGGACAAGCGCUCUGAACAGUAUGAGGAAAAACUGCCUGUAUGUCAUAUACCGAUGGACAUCACUGGAUUUUUAAAGUGUAACCCGCACAUUAAGGAAGACCAUAGAUAGCCUAACUGCAGCUAUGUAAAUGUCUCGAUCGGAAUAGUCGCGGGGAGAAACACAAGAAUCUCAUUUAUCACAAAACAUGACGAUACAGCGGACGUACAGCUUAUAACGCUACAAAAGGCAAGACUGAAAAAAGCAAAGAGGAUGAGGAUACCAUCACCAGGCUCUCUUCGCUCAGCCCCAGAUGCCUCCGCUCCCUCUUGACGAGCGCAUAGUGGUUAUUCAGCGGCCCAAAAGUUUGGCCUUGCACGUGGCCUCCCCACCAACCACUUCACAGUCUUCCUCACACCGCCCAGCCACUCACAACGAGCCCCCACCCUGCUUACCACAACCCCAACCCCCACCACCCCAUUCCCAUCCAGGUUCCAAAUACCUGUCUCUGGAAUGCAAGCACAGGCAAUCUUCCCAUGUUCAGAGAGAUAAAGGAGAACGAGGUGCUCCCUUUGAGGGCAGCGGCCACAAUACUAGCCAUUGUCACAGCAAUGGGACAGUAACUUUAGGUCCCAGACCUCACAAGCACACGCAUACCAUUGACAUUAGAGUGUCUUUGGACAAAGGUGGAAGAGGAGGAUCUUACAUAGACCAAGGCCGCAGCAGUAGUCUUACCCGAAGUGGAAGCAUCAAAGGGAACAGAACUAAACGGGUGUCACUGCACUUGGAUCCAGGGCAAGGCGAAAGGAAAUGCAAAGGAAAGUCUUCCGAAUUAGUGGAGAAGCACCACCAGAACCAUCAUCAGAGUCAAAACCGGACUCAGCACAGUAGCCAUCAUCCGAACCAACUCACAGUCUCUCCUGGAGGGAUCUUAGAAUUUGUACCAGCGCAGAGACAGCAGUCAAAAUCCAAGCCAACAAGAGAGAGAGACCUGUCAUCAAAGUCUUACUCUGCAACUGCCAGCCACCCAUUGCACAGUGAGAGGGACGUAUCAUCUGUAGGAAACAAAGAAAACUCCAAACUGGGACCCGGCCACCAACUGCCCCACGCCCACAGCCUAUCCCGUCACCACAGUUCAGCCCCAUUACCCCAUGCUGCCAUCCUAAACCCUCACUACCCUGCUGUACCACCCUCACUCCCUUCCCGAGCCCCUUCCUCUUACCAGCACAUCAGUCAACCCUGUCCCUCACACACUAGAGAACAUCGGCCCCAAAUUCUUCACGCUUUACCCCUCUCCCCUACUUCCUCCCAAGGAGGCUUCCCCAGUCCUGACCACACAUGUACGAUUGACUUUUCCCACCCUUGUGGCUGUUGGAGGUUGGUUCGUUGUAGAAGAGGUAGAGGUCACUCGGCUGGCUGCCACGGUCGUAGUACAAGCCCAUCCUCUUCAUUUUCCCACGCCCCAGGAACAAGUGCUGCCAACGGAGGUGGCGGAACCAUGGGAUUGAAGACUUUAGGAGGGUGUCUGUCAACUGCUUCCACCACCAACACCUCCUCUUCCAACAGCACUGUCUCGGACUGUCGCACAGGGCUGCUCAGACCUUUGGGUUGUGCAUCCUGUUCUGGAGAAGCUGGAGGUUUUGAGAGCCCUGCUGCUUUCCGUAAGAAACUGGUUGGGGGUUGUUUACCUUGUACUCCCCUUUCCUCAUCUGCACCUCUUCGAGUACUCCAGAGUUGCGUCAGUGGGUGCAAUCCUAAAACAAGCCAAACUGGCAGCUCCACGUGCAGUUACUGCAGUAGUGACCCCAUUGUAGUGACCUUUAACCCGCACAGAGGGAAUCCUCACAACAUGGGGCGUAAUAUUGGUGCACAUACCAUGGGAGGAUACCAGCCUGAUGAUAACGAUUACAGUGUACGCACAAUCUGGCCGGAGGAGCUAGCGAAAAAGAUGACUCGCUCUAAAACUCAACCUAUCCAUCACAAUGCAGGUAUCGGAAUGGGCUCAGGGAGGACCUGCAUGGGCCACAACCAGAAUAGUGGCAAUGGUGGCAAUCCUGUAAUCCUGGACUGCCGGAACCUUAUGGAGUUCACUCGUUCCCAGUUGACAGAUCAGGCAGGACGACGGAGGCUCCAGCAAGGAAAGAUGGCAGUUUUGGACUUUAUCGGAUCAGGGAAUAGUGGAGACCAGGGUAGAGAUUCCCUCAAGCGGCUUUGGAACAAAGGAGCAGAUGCUUGCAUGGGGGAUGGCAACGGGUUUGAUGAUGAAGUGCUUCCACAAUCCCUAUCCCUCCGCUCUCCAUCUCCAGAUUCCCCUCCAUCCUUCUCACCCCCACCCUCUGCUCCUAGCACGCUUAUUAAGCCCAAACCCAAACAGCGAGAGAGGGAGGGUGGACACACCUUACCCUCGGCACAGUCGCUCCACUUGGUCCUCAACUCACUCAACAGAGAACAAGAUAAGGAAAAUGGACGAGUGCACCUUUCCCUCCCUCUUUCCUCAUCCCUCCCAGCUUCACUAUCUGAGGAGAGUGUCAUGACCCCAGAUAUGGAGAAUGCUGUGAUCAGCCCCAUCCUCCCUUUCCUUUUUCUUGGCAACGAGAGAGAUGCACAGGAUUUGGAUCUACUGCUUCGUCUCAACAUUGGUUUUGUGGUCAAUAUCACAACCCAUCUUCCCCUCUACCACCUGGACACAGGCUUGGUGCGUUACAAAAGACUCCCUGCCACUGACAACAGCAAGCAGAACCUGCGACAGUAUUUUGAAGAGGUUUUUGAGUUUAUCGAGGAAGCUCACCAGUGUGGACGGGGCGUUCUUGUGCACUGCCAAGCAGGUGUGUCCCGCUCAGCUACUAUAGUCAUUGCUUACCUGAUGAAGCACACCCUCAUGACCAUGACUGAUGCCUAUAAGUAUGUGCGCGGUCGGCGGCCAAUAGUCUCCCCCAACCUCAACUUCAUGGGCCAGCUGCUAGAGUUUGAGAGAGACCUCAACUCUGGGGUAACACCUCGCAUCCUCACCCCCAAACUGAGUGGCCUGGAAACACAAGUUUAAAAGGGUGGCGCAAGAAGAUUGUGAGAAAACGAGAGGGGAGAAGGAGAUGAAUAAGAAGAGGGAAUUGAUGGACAGAAAUGGAUGGAUAAAAAAACAUGGGUAAGAAUAAAGCCGUUUAACGAUAACAAACAGUUAAGGAUUUGAAGAGAGAUGACAGAAAUAACUAGAAGAUGAAAGCAGUCCGAAAGAAAUAGAGGAAAUAGUCUUGGUCUAUUUUAAUUGAAGUAUCUCCACGCUUUCUGUUUCAUAUAAAUAGCAUUUAUUUGACACAUGCAUCACAUUCGAGACCCAAGAGCUGUAGCAAACUUCAAACUCCUUUUCCACUGUGCACAGAACAUUUCUAGACAGAUUAUUUUUGAUUUGGGAGAUCAUUUGAAGGCACUUUUUGGGUUACUUUGCGUUAGCUGCCAACUAUUUAUAAAUUUGUCCACUGACAUGAAGAUUAAUUUUGCCUUUUAAAUUUUUUCGAUAUUGCUAUUUUUGUUACUUGAUCUUACAUCUUGCAUUCUUUAUCUUAGUGUAUUUGUGUGGGAGGUGUGCGAUAGUGUUGAUGUGGAAGUGGAACUGAUUUAAGUAAUUUUCACUUUCUUUUAUUUUUCAUGGGACAUGAACCAGCCAUUCUAAUGUCAGAUAUUAUCCAAAAAUCAUAUAUUUCUUUUUUAUUUCUUGCUUAUGAUAUUUAACAGAUGGCAAUUUGUAUAAAGCACUGUGUAAUGAAAAAAAAAUGUGUUAAUAGGAAAAGUGGAUAAUAGACUAUAAAAUAGGUUUUUUAUUUUCUGUCUUUUUUAUUCAACUCACUAUUUAUUUUACUUUGGGCAGGCAGUGCAAUGGCUUAAAUUUACUCAGAUUUAAUUUAAUAUAAUUUUUUGUGCUUUCUGUAUGUUUUGUUUUUUUGUUUG